AUGCCUGUCCCUGUUGGAGGAGGAAUGACGGGUCCGUCGACCUUCGACAAGCUUAAGAUGGGCGCCAUGAUGGGUGGAUCCGUCGGCUUAAUCAUCGGGUUCAUAUUCGCAGGAGCCACGAACAUCAUAAGGUUCGGGCCGGGCCCCAACGGCAUGCUACGGACACUGGGACAGUACAUGUUAGGAUCGGCCGCGACGUUCGGCUUCUUCAUGUCGAUUGGCACUACAAUACGAACGGAGAGCUCGCCGAUGGCAAUGGAGGCAUUUGCACAAGUGCAUCGGUCACGACGAAGACCGAUAGUAAUGCCACGGCAUUAUCCAAGGAUACCGCAGGAUCAAGCGGAGCGGAGGUUUUAA